AUUGUAGCAGAAACAGACCCACAUUAUUCUGAUAUUAUAUAAGUUUAUUUUCUCCCUCCACCCUAAUCAUCAUCAUCAUAAUAAAUCAGACCCCAAUUCUGCACAAUCUCUCUCCCAUCACUUUCUCACAAUUUCCUUUGCAAACAUUACAUGGCAGCCUUUUCCUCAACCUCCUUUCACCACCACCACCCUUUCCCCCUCUUCCUCCCUGUUUCCACCACCAUUGAUGCCACCACCACCACCACCACAAUAGACAACAAUUCCUCCUCAAUUGUCACUGAUAAACAAGAAACCAUGGAUAAAAAGAGGAAAUGUUCUCCAAAUUCUGCUCAAUCCAAGGAUAAGAGAGAAGUGAAGGGAAAGAAGCAGAAGAAAUUAAAAGAUGAUGAAGAAAAGAAAGGCUACAUACAUGUAAGGGCAAGGAGGGGCCAAGCUACUGAUAGUCACAGUCUUGCUGAAAGGGUGAGGAGAGAGAGAAUAAGUGAGAGAAUGAAACUGCUACAGACUCUUGUUCCUGGCUGUGACAAGGUCACCGGAAAGGCCCUCAUGUUGGAUGAAAUUAUUAAUUAUGUCCAAUCCCUCCAAAAUCAAGUUGAGUUUCUCUCAAUGAAGCUUGCCUCUGUGAAUCCUAUGUUCUAUGACUUUGGGGUGGACUUAGAAUCACUCAUGGCUAGGCCUAAUCAGGAUCUUAUUGACUUGCCAUCCCCAAUGCCAGAAUGCAGUCCCACACCAGCCAAUAACACUAAUUUUGUUGAAAAUCCUAUUGUGUUUCAACAAGCCCAACUUCCACAGGGAAGCAGCCAGAGCUUGUGGGAAGUGGAUGAGCAUAGACAAAAAAAUUUCAAUCAGUCAGGACUCAACCACAGCCUGUUUUCAUUCCAUUAAUUAAUAGUAUAAAUUCCAGCAUCUGCCCUACAACCAUCUGGUAUGUUGAAAUAAUUUGAUAUUGAUGGAGGAAGAAGACAGUGCAAAGGAAAGCCAAUGCUCAUAAUAUUUCUAAUUAAAGAAAUUGAGGGGGAAAUUCAAGUUGCUUCGAUAGAUUUGAUGAGCACAAAAAAGGGCUUCAAAAAUAGGUGGAUAUAACUAAUCUGUUGACAGAUUAUAGUACUCCAUCUUUAUCAGAUUUGACUCUCAAAUAUGGGAGCGCAUUUUCUAGUGCUUGUAAAUUUAGGCACAAAUUAUGUAGAAGGAAAAGAUUAAUUAGCAUAAAUUUCCAUGUGUUGAGAAUAUAUAUGUAUUGAAUGUUGUGAAUUUAAAGUUUAAAUUAGUGCAUUGUAAUUCACUAUAUAUUUUAUUUUUACCGACA